GAUAUUUCCAAUUCUGAAAAUGUAUGCGUUGAAAGUAUGCGGCUUAUGAUAUGGACUGCUUUAGCAAAAUCUUUACGGACAUGUACACCACCAGCUUCAAAUUCUAAUAUAAUGGGUAAUAUGAGAAGUAGCAAUACAUGCGAGAUCCCUUUCCACUAUCAUCAGCUGAGAUUAAAAUGUUUUUCGGAGGGAUGGGCACCAGUUCGCCCUGGUGAAGGUAUGAAUAAUAGGACUGAUGUCAAUGCAGACAAAGCUGUUGAC